GAAGAAAAAAAUGUACAAAGGGAACCUAACUUCAUCCAGCAGAAUGAUCUGUUUUUGACCAGAAUACUUCACCUUUAAAAACAAAAACAAUUCUUUAAUCAGUACUUGUGGCAGCCAUCCGCCUGCUGGAGACGUGGCAGCAGGGGAGCACUGCUCUUGUGAAGGUUCAUUCAUGGUUUUCAGGGCAUGGCAAACUCGAGUAUCCCUCACAUUGUCCGCUAAGAACGUGCAGAGGAAAUAGUUUUCCUGGGUGGUCUCACUCAUUAAUACACUCCGCGCUUGUUGAUUUUCGGCUCGCAGUUCAACUGCUGCCAAUUAACGUGAAAACAUGUUUGGAAGAAAGAAGAAGAGAAGAAGAAGAUGAUGAAGAAGAAGAAGAAGAGGAGGAAGAGGACGAUGAUGAUGAAGAGGCGCGAGCAGAGAUUCCGCCCACUGGCACAGACCUGAGUGAGGACGAACCUGCCCUCCACAUCGAGGGAUUUGCCAGAUGUUUCAUUCACCGUGUGGCGGAGAAGUGCAUGGACCAACAGAAGCAAGACACCAGGAAGCAGAAAAAAAUAGGGCUCAGCUACGACCCAGCUACAUGCUAAUGAUGACACCAAAUAAAUCUACUCAUCUCUUAUCGGACACUGGGAGGAAACUGAGAGCUUGAGGUGUGAUAGGAUGGAUUUUUGCGUUCCUGUUAUUUUUUCCACACCAGGUCUGAUAUAUUGGAACCUACAACGGCAAAACGUGUUUGGUCUGACAGGAGACUGGCUGCAGACAUGGCAGUGGGAUCCAUGAAACAAACUCAGAAAAGAAAAAAGAAUGAAGACCUCUGUGCUGCUGUGCUGAGUGUGCGGAGAUAUUGGUGUCAGGAGGCCUUCUAUCUCCUGACACUGUGUCACUCACAGAUACAGAACACCAGCUCGGCUGAGUAUAUUAAUAAACUCACAUGAUAUUUAUUUAUUUUUUUAUAUGAAAGGAAAAUGAACGAGACGCCACCAGGAAUGAGAACAAUUAAAUAGGAAUACUAAUCAGUGAAUAGCAGGGCCCCUUUUCCCGAGGAUUUCCCGCACGAUGAAUGCGCGGAGAAAUUAUUACCACCUCGGUUUAUUUAGGAAGAAAUAACGAAGCACGAACUCGCAGUGAGACGUGAUCGCACCUCUUUGGUUUUCUUUUUUUCGUAAUAAAUCUUUAAACAGCGCCUUCAAGGUAGACGUGUUAGUUACAGAGCAUAGUCUACAAUUGUUAUUUCCAGCCCUCCGUUUAAGAGAUCCAAAACACGCCCAUGUUUUAUUGAAGAGCGCUUCCUAGAAAAGGACUAUUGCACAGCUUGUAGCUUUAGUUUGGGACGCGCAGGCUGCGGGGAUGAAAUAUUCACGGGCAUCUGAAUAUUUCAGUCCGGCACCUUGUCAUCCGCCCUCGUGUUUUUACUCCCACUGUUGGCCUCAUCUGACGGAGGUCCUAUUCCUCAUUUACCUAUUAUUCCUCAAUAUUUACCGGCAGAUGAAAUAACGUGUGUGAGCGGUGGCGACUCGACAUCACCCCAAUUGUAUUAAGAGGCCACACUCUGCUAUAUAAAGCAGAGUGUGAAUAUUUGAUAAGUCAAAACAGGCCAAAUUAUGAGAAAUGUAUCAUCAACAUUCUCGCUCUCACAAGCAUUACAGAUUUAACAAAAACAUUUAAUAAUCCAGGUUUUUGUUGAAUCUGUAAUGCUGCUGCGGUCUGCAGUAGACCAACGACAGAAUGAGCAGCUUCCUGUGCAGAAGGCAUUCAUAACCCCGCAUCAAGAGUCUAUAAUUCAUGCAAAAAAGAGCCUGAGGGGGAUUUAGCUCCAGUGUGGUGCGUGCACGAGAGAGAGGGAGAGAGAGAUAGAGAGAGAGAAGUGUGAAAGAGAGAGAGGGGGGGGGGGGGGGGGGGGGGAUCUGUGAGAAUAAUAUCGGGCUUUUCCGUCAGAAUGAACUUUACUACUGUAUCCAGCCAUGAAAUAAUCUGACCCGACACUUCAAACCAUCUGCGCUAUCUAUCCGCCCUCUUAUUUACUAAAUCAGCCUGUGCACAAAACGGAGUGUGUCUGAUACUAACGCCGAGUAGCCUGGCACUGCCAUGGUAAUCCUAUAUGUACACACACACACACACACACGCAAAUAAAUACAUCGUUUCUACCCUGCUAUGUUUCACAGCCUCCCCUGUGCUGAUGCUGUCAGUACUGAUGCAACUAUAUUGUAUAAAUAAAAGUCUGCAGGGCUCACCAUCACACACACACCAUCACACACACACACACACACACACACACACACACACACACACACACACACACACACACACACUAGCAGCAAUCAAUUAGCCCGUGUCUUUCGAAAGGGGCCUUUAUUCACGCCCCACAUAAAAGAUCAUGCAUCACCAUCAUAACUCGGGCUCUAAUCCAUUAUGAUUCGUCAAUAAAGAUUUUUUUUUUUGGUGCUGGUUAAAAACGAGGGAAGCCUUGACCAACUCUCUUCAAGGUUUCAAAACUGUACCGGCUUGCGAAUUCAAACUCCCGUUGCACUAAAGGCCACACUGAACCCUUUUGAAAAACAUUAUUACUAUAAUUUAAGCAUUGAUGAUUGAAAUUAUAUUACAUCUAUAUUAGAAUAUUUAAAUAAAAAAAAGCUAUAAUCUGACUCGUAUCAUUAAAAGCAUUCACUUAGAUUGUAUAGAAGCAACGUUGACACAUGAUGGGGGAAUAUGAUAAGAGUAUUAUAGGCCUAAUGAGACUAUAGCCCAGAUUAAAGUUACAACCUAUCACAAGUGAGGUCAAGAAUCACUAUUUAGUUGUUUUUUUACUGAACACUGUCUAGAAUCUAUCGAUCUCCGUACAGGAGGCUGAGAUCAGCGGCGAUGUGUCAUGUUCCUGCGUGAAGCCCGUUUCAAGAGCUGCGGGGUGAUGAGCUGAGCCGCGCGUGUUUUCCUUCACUAUUUAGACUGAAGGGUCUUUCUGUAACACAAAGGCGCAGGGCGGGUUGGGGGCAGCGCAGCGUUUGCAGACUGCGAAGCGAAAAAAAGAAAAGGGAAAAAAAAAAAGGUCAAAAUGUUUAUAAUAUUUUUGAAAAGGGAGGUGCAGAGAUCUCCUUUCCGCCCGAUUGGCCGAAGUUGACAGUGAUUGACGUGCAUCCAUGGCAACCGGGCAGCCAAUCUGCCAAGUCCAAUAGGAAAUCAUCGGAGGGGGCUUGACUGUCUUUUUCUCCCCCCUUAAAAAAUACAUCUCGGCUCCAGCUUUAAUUCUUUCGUACAUCCUACCGUGAAAAUACAUCGCGGCUCCGACUGUAAUUGUCCCGCACCUUCAGCCCUUUGCAGCCAAGUUUGCCCGAGGAUGCGGUAGCCGGCCCCCGCGCAGCAUCGGUGCUCCUCCGCGGUGUUCGCUGUUCGCGCUGUUCGCGGCUGGUCGGGCUGCAGGUCGGGCGGCUGCUCGGUAACUUUAGGAUUGCCUUGGUGUGUUUGUUGUUUUUCUUUUCCAUCUCGGGGCGUCUUGGAUUGCCUUGGCGCACGGGGGAAGAAGAACAAGAAGAAGCGGAGGACUCGACGCGGGGGAGAGCGUGAGAGAGAGAGAGCGAGGAGAGGGGAAGGAGGGGGAGAGGGGAACACAGGAGAAGCCUCCAUGUUUCAGCUGCCCAUCUUGAAUUUCAGCCCCCAGCAGGUCGCCGGGGUCUGCGAGACUCUGGAGGAGAGCGGGGACGUGGAGCGCCUCGGCCGCUUCCUCUGGUCGCUGCCCGUCGCGCCGGCGGCCUGCGAGGUCCUGAACAAGAACGAGUCGGUGCUGAGGGCCCGCGCCGUCGUCGCCUUCCACACCGGCAAUUUCCGCGAACUCUACCACAUCCUGGAGAACCACAAGUUCACCAAGGAGUCGCACACGAAGCUGCAGGCGCUGUGGCUCGAGGCGCACUACCAGGAGGCGGAGAAGCUGCGGGGCCGCCCGCUGGGGCCCGUGGACAAGUACCGCGUGCGCAAGAAGUUCCCCCUGCCCAGAACCAUCUGGGACGGGGAGCAGAAGACCCACUGCUUCAAGGAGAGAACCCGCCACUUGUUACGAGAGUGGUAUUUGCAGGACCCCUACCCGAACCCCAGUAAAAAGAGGGAGCUUGCACAGGCCACCGGACUUACCCCCACACAAGUAGGGAACUGGUUCAAAAACCGCAGACAAAGAGACAGAGCGGCGGCGGCGAAGAACAGGCUCCAGCAGCAGGUCCUGUCCGGCGGCUCGGUUCGCUCCCUGGCGGACGAGGACGGCACCGUGGACCGCCUGGGGAACUCGUCCAGUCCGGAGGCCAGUCUGUCCAGCAAGGCCGCCGCCUCGGCCAUCUCCAUCACCUCCAGCGACAGUGAAUGUGACAUCUGACGGGCAGGACGACGGCGGUGACGACGUGACGGGGGGAGACGAGAGAAAGACAAUCUAGUAAAACAAGUCAUAGUGCCUGCGUUGAGUUAAAACACACACACACACACACACCUGACUGAUGCCAAAACGCGAGGGGAUCUGAUCUGACUGUCCGUCCUUAUCCUGUCCGAUUUUUGGUUGCGUUUUACCCACGUGUGGAUAAACUGAACUUAACACGGACGAAACAUAUUUCACGGACUAAUCGCUAAACCAAGGCCCCGAGAACACACGUAAAAAAAGAAGAAAGAUGAAACAACAAGAAAAAAAAAAACACGAAAAAAAAAGGAAAAGGGAUGAAGGCAUCCGAGCGCCUAACCUACUGUUCUCUGUGGGUAUUUCAUGUUGAAAAAGAACUGUGAUAUUUCUACUUUACUUUCAAAGUUUUAUAAAUAAUGUUUAUUUGCCUAUUUAAAAGAAAAACAAACAACAACGUUCUGCUCUUGUCUCUUCGAAUUUCAUAUUCAUUUGCUUGGUGUUUUUAAUACUUACCUUGUACACAGGUGAACCUGUGGAGCAUGCGCGCUUUAGUGACAAUGUGGAAGAAAAAAAAAAACAAGUAAAGAUAACUUAAUAAAAUAAUUGUUGAUCAAGA